UCAGGCCAUGGCGCAACAACGGUAGCCAGCUGAGGACGUACGUGCUUCGUUGUUGUGACCCGUGAGCUGAAUCGAUCCCGCCGGCGGCCGUACGUCGUGGUGGGAGAAGCCCGUCGCCGGCGAUGGGGAGGUACCAGGACGGAAGGGAGUCGCCGGACACGUCGAGCUACCCGCUGGUGGCGGUGUGCAUCGACAAGGACAAGAACAGCCAGAACGCGCUCAAGUGGGCCAUCGACUCGCUCGUCCAGAAGGGCCAGACCAUCGUCCUCGUCCACGUCAACACCAAGGGCACCUCAGGCGGGGUGGAGGAUGCCAACGGGUUCAAGCAGCCGACGGACCCGCACAUGAAGGACCUCUUCCUUCCGUUCCGCUGCUUCUGCACCCGCAAGGACAUCCAGUGCAAGGAUGUGGUGCUGGACGAGCACGACGUGGCCAAGUCGAUCAUUGAGUUCUCGGCGCACGCGGCCAUCGAGAAGCUGGUCAUCGGCGCCACGGCGAGGGGCGGCUUCAGGUUCAAGGCAGACAUCCCGACGACCAUCUCCAAGGGCGCACCAGACUUCUGCACGGUGUUUAUCAUCAACAAGGGCAAGGUCUCGUCGACGCGCAACGCCAUCCGCGCCGCGCCACGGGUGUCGCCGCUCCGGUCGCAGAUCCAAUGCCAGAGCAUCGCAGCCGUGGCGCCGUCGCAGCGGUGGUCGUCGUCGUCAAGGGGGCACGACCACGCCGAGACGCCGAGGGUGGACAACUACAUCCGCUCGCCGUUCGCCCGAGGGGGCACGGGGAACAUGAGGAAGUCGUACGCCGACCUCAGCCACCUGUCCAUGCCGGACUCGGCGGACAUCUCGUUCGUCAGCACCGGCCGCCGGAGCGUCGACCACCACCCGGCGAUGGUCCCUCCACGGAUGUCGGCCACCUCCACGGAUAGCUACGACCACAGCUUCGAGAUGUCGCGCACGCCCAGCAAGUGGGGCGGCGACUCCUUUGGCGCCAUGGACCACACCUCCUUCUCGCAGAGCAGCGCCUCCUCCUUCUGCUCCAUCGGCAUGGACGACGUGGAGACGGAGAUGAAGCGGCUACGGCUCGAGCUCAAGCAGACCAUGGACAUGUACAGCACGGCCUGCAAGGAGGCGCUCACUGCAAAACAGAAGGCGAUGGAGCUGCAGAGGUGGAAGGCGGAGGAGGAGCAGAAGACGCAGGACUCGCGGCUGACGGAGGAGUCAGCAAUGGCGAUGAUCGAGCGGGAGAAGGCGAAGGCGAAGGCGGCGAUGGAGGCGGCGGAGGCGUCGCAGCGGAUCGCCGAGCUGGAGGUGCAAAAGCGGAUCAGCGCAGAGAAGAAGCUGCUCAAGGAGGCCGAGGAACGCAAGAACCGCGGCGGCGGCAUGUCGCACGAGGUUCAGUACCGCCGGUACAGUAUCGAGGAGAUAGAGCACGCCACCGAGCGCUUCAACGAUGCCCGCAAGAUCGGCGAGGGCGGAUACGGUCCUGUGUACAAGGGCUUCCUCGACCACACACCGGUAGCCAUCAAGGUGCUCCGCCCCGACGCCGCGCAGGGCAGGUCCCAGUUCCAGCAGGAGGUUGAGGUGCUCAGCUGCAUCCGCCACCCCAACAUGGUGCUCCUCCUAGGCGCCUGCCCGGAGUACGGCUGCCUCGUGUACGAGUACAUGGCCAACGGUAGCCUCGACGACUGCCUCUUCCGGCGCGGCGGCGGCCCCGUCAUCCCGUGGCAGCACCGGUUCCGCAUCGCCGCCGAGAUCGCCACCGGGCUGUUGUUCCUGCACCAGACUAAGCCGGAGCCGCUUGUGCAUCGCGACCUCAAGCCCGGGAACAUUCUGCUCGACCGCAACUACGUGAGCAAGGUCAGCGACGUCGGACUGGCGCGGCUCGUGCCGCCAUCCGUCGCCGACACCGUGACGCAGUACCGCAUGACGUCCACCGCCGGCACGUUCUGCUACAUCGAUCCGGAGUACCAGCAGACGGGCAUGCUCGGCGUCAAGUCCGACGUCUACUCCCUCGGCGUCAUGCUGCUGCAGAUCAUCACGGCGAAGCCACCCAUGGGGCUAACGCACCACGUCGGUCGCGCCCUGGAGCGCGGCGCGCUCCAGGACCUGCUCGACCCGGCUGUUCCCGAUUGGCCCAUCGAGGAGGCGCAGUGCCUCGCUGAGAUGGCCAUCCGGUGCUGCGAGCUGCGCCGCAAGGACCGGCCGGACCUCGGCACCCUCGUGCUCCCGGAGCUCAAUCGGCUGCGCGCGCUUGGUGAGGACAACAUGCAGUACUGUGGCGCCAUCAGGGGUGGCGGCGGCAGCAAUAGCAUGCACAGCUCCCCGUUCCACAGCAAUGCCCCACGGUCACACGCCGAUAUGAUGAGCGACUCGCAGUACCCGAGAUCGGUGUUCAGCUCAAGAGCAGGUGAUUCACCCAUGCCGACACGAAGGUCGAACGCCUAA